CCGCUCGCGCCUCGCUGUUCGCGCCGCGCCUCAGGCGUCCAGAGCGCGCCCCUCGCACCGCAUCAAGCGCCGCCCGCCUUAGCCCAGCCCCAGCCUUCCUCCUCCUCCUCUUCUUUCUCCUCCUCCUCCUCUUCUUUCUCCUCCUCCUUCUCCUCCGCCGCCGGACACGCAGCCGCAGGCCGGGGCCGGGACGCAGCUGGGGAGUCAGGGACGCGCGCAGCCAGCCCUUCCCCCUCCGGCUCCCGCACCGCCGGCCGCCUCCCCUCGCCCUCCUCCUCUCCCCUCCCUGCUCCUUCGCUUCUCCUCCUCCUCCUCCUCCUCCUCUCCCAGCCCAGGCUGCCAGCACCAUGUCCGCAGGGGGAGAUUUUGGGAACCCACUGAGAAAAUUCAAGUUGGUGUUCUUGGGGGAGCAGAGUGUCGGGAAGACGUCUCUGAUCACGCGGUUCAUGUAUGACAGCUUCGACAACACGUACCAGGCAACCAUUGGGAUUGACUUCUUGUCAAAAACCAUGUACUUGGAGGAUCGUACGGUGCGACUGCAGCUCUGGGACACAGCCGGCCAGGAGAGGUUCCGCAGCCUGAUCCCCAGCUACAUCCGGGACUCCACGGUGGCCGUGGUGGUGUACGACAUCACAAAUCUCAACUCCUUCCAACAGACCUCUAAGUGGAUAGAUGACGUCAGAACAGAGAGGGGCAGCGACGUCAUCAUCAUGCUGGUGGGCAACAAGACGGACCUGGCCGACAAGAGGCAGAUAACCAUCGAGGAGGGGGAGCAGCGCGCCAAAGAACUGAGCGUUAUGUUCAUCGAGACCAGCGCGAAGACCGGCUACAACGUGAAGCAGCUCUUCCGACGUGUGGCCUCGGCUCUGCCUGGAAUGGAGAACGUCCAGGAGAAAAGCAAAGAAGGCAUGAUCGACAUCAAGCUGGACAAACCCCAGGAGCCUCCGGCCAGCGAGGGUGGCUGCUCCUGCUAAUGCAGCCUGACCGGCAGGCUUCCUUUAACACUACUCGCUUGUUGUGUUGCUUCCUAUUGGUUAGCUUCCUAAGGGGGGGUGGGAGAUGAGCUUAUCCAGAUGGGAGGAUUUUUCUUUUCUCUCUGUCUCUAGGAGUCGGGUGGGAUGGGGAGGGAGGCUGGGCAUCAGGGAUCACGUCACUCUUAACAGCUGUUACUUAAACAACUAUUUUUUGGUUUGGUUGUAAUAUAUUGUACUUUAUUAAGAUUGCCAAAAACUGUUAAAAUUUAAAAAAAAAUUUAAACCAUGUGUAUACAACUUUUUGCCAGAUAAAAAUGUAGUCAUUUUUAUUUGAGAGAUGUGCUUUUUUGUUUUUGUAUAUUUGUAAACUUACAGAGAACCUUUUCCACACACCUCCUCCUUCCUGUCCUCUUUGAACGGUUCAUCACCUCUGCUCUCCUCCCACCCCCAGACCAAUAAUUUAAACAAUUAACUGGGCGAUUUAAUUAGGUUCCAAUCCCCGGGCUGUCUGACCCAGACCAACCAGCGUCCACCAAACAGGCCCUACCUGGUUAAAUCAAACACUGAUUGAAUGAAACAGCCUCUGAAGAGGCAGCUCUGACUCUGUCCUUGUUCCAUGGCCAGAGUGGGUCAUCAGCCACGGCCCCGAGCUGAAAUUAAGGCCUUGUGAACUGCAGGGGGCCCAGCCGCAGGCCCACUGGAAUUAUUUCUGCCCCUUUCCCGUCUCUGAAAAGCCUUGAGAGCGCACUCGCCACAGGCAACCUUCCGUUCUCUGUGGUCCGCCUAGUGAUUGGUAGAACAAGAGGUCAUGGGAAGGAAGGAAGGAUGGGGUGCUGUUGGCAACUGUGGGCUGGUUUAUAGACGGGAGGCACCAUGUGUAGUUCUGACAAUGUUUUAGCCAACCUGUCCAGUGAUCAGCACACACAUCUGGGUUGCAGGGAAGGGGAGGGCAAAUGGAAUCUCAGUGUGUGCCUCCUGAAGCCCUCCUUCUUGGAUGCCAGGAAAGCUGGAGCCUGUGUGACACAGUAUUGGCCCGUCUGUGAUUGGGGAAGGGAGGGUCUGCAGCACUGCCACCUGGAAGAUGCAUGUUUGCCAAUCCUUGGUUGCUAAUACUGUUGAUGCUGUUCUGCAAAAGCUGACUCCUUGACGUGUUCCUGCACUCUGGCACAGUGCAGUUGAAAUCUUUGUGCAAAGACCUUUGCAGAUAUUGUAGCAGCACUCUGCUUGCCUGAGGGUAGGUCUGAAGCGGGGUCCCCAGAAGGCUUCCCAAAGAGGGACGUCCUUGCCGUGUUUGACUCAUUUCUGAGAGGACUUAGACCUGAGGACCUAUCUGUAAAAUCUCUGAAGAGAACUCUCUCUUUCACUAAGUAAUGUAGCCUGCUAGGCCAGCAUUCCAAAUAGACCCAGACUCACCGCCCCUGAGCUGGCACAAAGCCAGGCAGUGGGCAGCCACUCUGGCCAAAAUCGGUAAGCCCUGCCCUCCAAGCUGGCGUUGAUUCUUCCUCCAGGCCGCUAUUGGGCUUGUCAUAGAUGAGCUAAAUGACCAUCUGGGGUGUGGUAGGGGGUAAAUUCCUCCAUAAAGCAGGGCUCUGACAAGUUAUUGCAAUGAAUUUGGAACUUCUCAGAAACUGAUCCAAACUGGCAGCCCGUAAGUGCAGCAGGACCUGGCAGGACUCAUUGAUAAGUUGUCCAGUGGGUCUGUCACACACUCAGCUAAGGAGACUGCGUGUCAGAGCUGAUCUUUAGAGAGGAGUGUAUCUUCGGGUGAAGAAAAGAGGAAGCAGGAUUCCCACUGAGCUCCUCUUCCAGAAGGCAUAGGCCAAUGUACGCACGUAAUUCCAGUGUCAAGUGUUGAGUUUUUAUAUGUGUGUACAUAAUUAUAUAGAGAGAUAGACUUGUGUAUACACCUUCCACACACACAUUCUCACAGAGAUUCAUGUGCUCAAUGUAUAUUCUUGUUCUUCCUCCUCUCAAGUUGGAACUUGCAUUGUGAUAACAGUUUUGGAAAUUCAAAAGUACUGCAACAUGUUGAAAUAAGAAAUACUUAAUAUUGUCCCAAAACUUGUGAUUGUCUUGCCAUCAAUAAAAUACUGCAUAGAUGUGUUAACUACAGGCAAAACUAGCCCCUGGGAAUAUGUGCACUGUUUUUGUCUGUACUUGUAUGCACAGGUGUGCAUGCCCACGUGGGCCUGUAGCCCCCCCAUGGCACACCCCCAAGUGGUGCUUGUUGGAAGAGUGCUUACUUACCUCGUGAGAAUUCAUAGGAGUCCAGGUGACAGCACCCCGCUUUGCUGGCAGUGAGGGCCAUUGCUUGUGGCCCCUGGGACAGCCCCAUUUGCAGGGAUCUCUUUGGGCCUCAGUGAAUGAAUGGAUGGUGAUUUUUAUGUUCUUGGUACUAAGAGUACUUUUUCUUAAAACAUUCUUGUAAAACAAGGUAGAAACUCAGUCCCCUUCUCAUGUGCACACAUAUCCAAGGCACCACUUUUUUUUCCAUCAUAGCCUAGAAGCAUAGUAAGAGACGCAGUAGAUACGGUGAGGCUUGAUGUGGCGUCGGUGAGCCCUCCUUUUCCAGUGCGUACACAACAUCCUCUCUCCUGAGCCCGGGCUCUCCCAGCCCCGUGGGCCUCUGCAGGUGAGAGCGGUUGCCUCCCCUCAUUCUCCCAUCUUGGUGGUGCCACACCGUUCCAUGGGCGCCCUCCUCGGGCCUCAUCUCCACCCCUCAUUCCUGGGUCUGUCAGGGCAGCCAGACCUCCAGCACAGACGGGUGUUGGCUCCUUGGCUCCCGUUUUGGGCAGGUGCCAUCACUGUCCUCUUGCUUGUAGCUAGGAUCUUGUCUCAGAGUUAAGGUUCAAUAAUGUAAGUGAUCAGGUUCCCUUGAAGAAACUAUCAUGAAAUUCCUCAGUAUACGCAGUGAGAGUAUCCCAUCAUUGCCGAAUCCAGGCAAAGGGGAGGAAUCCUUUUAGGAAAUGAUCUCAGUUUAGCCAUUGGUUCAGUCUCUCUCCCCACAGAGCAGCCCUGCCCUGGGAGUAGAGCAGUCAUCUUCUGCAGGCCUCUUUUUCACUUUGAGGAAUCUCAAA